AUGAAUAGCAGAGCUGUGACAAAACAGACUUUGGCGGACGAAGGCUGUGGCUGUUCAGGGAUGGGAGGAGGAGGAGGAUGCAGGGCGGAGAACACCACAAAGAAGAAACGCAGGCGCGGAUAUGAUGAAACAGGCUUGGGGAUCAGGGCCGGGAUAGGGUUGCAUAUGAGAAAAAACGAGAAGCAAGAAAGGGAAAUAAAGGGAAUGGGAGAGAGAAGUGAGAAAGACCGGGAGGAGAACAAGAACAGUGAGCGCAGGAAGAUUUUGGGCUUAGCGGGUGGGAUUUAUAUGAAUGAUGGUGAAAAGAGGACUGGACUAGUCAGAGAGCGGGCAUGGAUCUAG